UCUAAUACAUUGAGAAGCUCUCUGUUCCCUUUUCAUUCUUUUUCAGAAUUCUUACAAUACUCAAUAUCUACUUGCUGAUAUCAGUUAUGGUGGUAAGGAAUCCAAGCAAUUUCAAGACGAGGCUGUGCAUUCUGUAUCAGAGAGAAGGACGUUGUCCGCGUGAAACCUGCACGUUUGCUCAUGGAGAAACCGAGCUUCGACGGUUCACUAAUACUUUAAACGAUAGACGAGAUCACAGACAUAAUGACUUGCGAGAUAAGCUCGACAGAAAACGUUCUCCAGUGCGAAGACAUUCUCCUGGAAAAGAUGAAAGAGUCCGGAAUUCUUUGCGCGGUAACAGUCCUAACAGAUCCCCAAAAAUUAGUGAUAGAAAUAGAAGAAUGGAGAUAGAUGAUCGAAGUGAUUUCUCAGGGAGUGCCAAAAUAUCUGUUGGCACUGACGACCAUCUUAGUGGUAGAAAGCAGUUAUCAUCUAAUACCAGAAGCGUUCUUCAUGAGCAUUUGAGGCAAGUGCAGUCAGACAUUAUCAUGCUCGAUGAGGACAAAUACAAGUUAGAGGUUUACCUGCAAGAGAGGACACAUGAAGCAGAUCGUUUGACUUCUAGAAUAAAGGAGCUUGAGGCACAACUAUCGCAAGAGAGUGAGGAAUGCAAGAGGAUUACUUCAAAAAUGAAGAAAUUUCUUAAAGCACAUGAGCGUCACUUGCACUUACAGGAAGAACUAAACAGAUCACAGUCACGACUUCAGAAACUAGGAGAGCAACUAGGUUCAGACUCCAUUCGACUUGGUGAUAAUGAGGAUUCAAAUAUCAAUAUCUUAAGUGAUGGGGGGGUUGCUUCUCCAAGAAAGAAAAGGCCUAGAAUCAAUUCAAGAAUUGCUACUGAUGUUUCAAAAUCAGAUGUGGAAAGAGAAUUGAAUCCAGUGGGAAUGAUUGGAUUGGAGAAACGAUCUAGGUGGGAUAAAAACAACGUGAGAGCUGAUGGAGAAGAUAAUGGUUAUCAACGCACCAGAGAGAACAUGAAGAAAAUGGAGAAGAAUGCCUCUUUUAAUGUCCUUUCAGCAGAUAAGUACAAAGGUGGUGGUGGUGAGCAAGCUGGUUUGCCACCAACCAGCAUGGCAGCACAUGCAGAAGAUCAAGUUAUUGAAAUGAUAGAUGGGGAGGAAAAUGUUGAUGUGGUGGGAAUCGGCUCUGUUGGAUCUCAGAUAGAGGCUGCUGCUUCACGUUCAUCCCGACGAUUGCCAUUUCUACCUCCACCACUUCCUCCACCGCCUCAAAAUAAGUACAAGGGAGACAAUAAGAAUGUUAAUGGGAAUGAAGAAGAACUAGUGGAUGUGGAUAUUGUUUGAUCUUUUGUUUGAAUGGAUGGUGCUUUGGAACUGCAUUGAGUUGAGUUCAAGUGAUUUGGUGUUUUUACUUGAAAUCUCACUCCUUUUUUGGUGUAUUACAGGGCCGUGUUCUUUCAUUAUUUGUCGCCUUGUAAAGACUUUGAUCCUCUUUGGUCAAUAGUUUCAGUUUUUGAACUU